CUCUACACUCCCAUGGCAACAGCUGCUGAGAACGCCAUGUCUAAUGGAAGCAGCAGCGGUGUCAAGCGGAAGAACUUGAGAGCUGCUCGUCCGGGGAAGGCGACGCUCCUUGCCUUUGGAAAGGCCUUGCCAGAUACAGUGGUGAAGCAGGAGUACCUGGUGGAUGGCUACUUCCGGGACACCAAAGUGGAGAACGCAGCACUCAAGGAGAAGCUCCAAAGGCUCUGCAAGACUACGACAGUCAAGACUCGAUACGUGGUCAUGUCCAAGGAGAUCCUGGAAAACCAUCCCGAGUUCUACACCCCAGGGACCCCGAGCAUCCGACAGAGGCUGGAAAUCGCUGGUGAGGCCGUGACAAAGAUGGGAGUGGCUGCUGCGACCCAGGCUCUGGCCGAGUGGGGGAGGCCCAUCUCCGACAUCACUCACCUCGUCUACGUCUCCUCGAGCGAGGUCCGCUUCCCCGGCGGCGACCUCUACCUGUCAAAGCACCUCGGCCUCAGCAGCGACAUCAGUCGAGUAAUGCUCUACAUGCUGGGGUGCUGCGGCGGCGCUGGCGGGCUCCGGGUGAGCAAGGACCUGGCGGAGAACAAUCCAGGCAGCCGGAUCCUCCUCGUCAUCAGCGACACCACGCUCAUCGGCUGGCGUCCUCCGAAUCCACAGCGUCCCUACGACCUGGUGGGCGCGGCGCUGUUUGGCGACGGCGCCUCGGCGGUGGUGAUCGGCGCCGACCCGCUACCAUCGGAGAAUCCGUGCUACGAGCUGGUGACCGCGAGCCAGUGCUUCGUCCCGGGCUCGGAGAAGACCAUCGAUGGCCGGCUGACCGAGGAUGGGAUCAUCUUUAGCCUGGGGAGGGAGCUGCCCCAGAUGAUCGAGAGCGAGGUGGAGGGAUUCAUCCAGGGGCUGCUCAAGCGCUCGGGGCGAGUGGAGGCGGGCGGCGUGGACUAUGAUCGAUUGUUCUGGGCGAUCCAUCCCGGCGGCCCGGCGAUCCUCAACGCCUGCGAGAAGAAGCUCCAGCUGGCAGGGGACAAGCUCAAGUGUAGCCGGCAGGUGUUGUCGGACUAUGGCAACAUCAACGGCAGCACAAUCAUCUACGUGCUGGAUUACAUGCGACAGGUGAACGCCGCGGCCGACAAGCCGGAUCCCGAGUGGGGGGUCAUUCUUGCGUUCGGUCCUGGCGUUACCAUGGAAGGGAUGGUUGCUCGCAACCUGGUGGCGUGA